AUGAACGGCGCUUUCUUAAUGGCACAGGCACAAGACAUGCUGGGGAAUAAUAUUAUGAAUCCCCAGCAACAACAGAGAUGGAUGGAGAAACCUCCCGGCGAUCCGAGUGGACUCGCAUAUCUAAGACCACUAGAGUCGAUGCUAGCGAAACAAGUAGUUUCGCUGACAGAAAUGAUAAUUGGCAUUCCGUCUCAAGCAAAGUAUGGCAUAUUCAAUGAUAAAGGUGAACAAGUGUACUAUGCAUUCGAAGAAUCUGAUAUAUGUCAGCGUUUAUAUUGUCCGAAAACGCGUCGUUUUGAUCUACAUAUUGUUGACAGUACGAAUCAAGAAAUAAUUCGCGUCAAACGGGAAUUCAAAUGUUGUUCCGGUUGUUGUUGGUGCGCCUGUUGUACAGGAUGCAUCCAAGAAGUUACUGUUGAAUCUCCGCCCGGAACUAUUAUCGGCUUCGUCUCACAAGAAUGUAGCUGCUGGCGUAUGAAUUAUGUCUUAAAAGAUGCAGCAGGCACUCCAGUUUUGCAUAUCACCGGCCCGGGAUGUAUAUGUGAUGGACCGUAUGCAUGUUGUUGUGAAAAUAAGUUUACUCUAUACGGCAAUGAUGGAACAACAGAGAUCGGAGCGAUUCAUAAGAAAUACCGUGGAUUCAUUGCUGAAGCUAUGACAACCGCCGAUACAUUUGCUAUUCGAAUACCCUUAGAUAUGGAUGUGAAGAUGAAAGCUGUGGCUCUCGGUGCAUUAUUUUUAAUCGUAAUGUUCACAACCAAACCAGCGACGUGCUUAAACGUGAUAUUUACUGCUUACAAAAAAAUAUUUAUGCAUCACACUUCAGUAUUAUCGUGA